AAAACAACACAAAGAAGAAGAAGAAGAUGGAGAAAAAGUUGAAAGAACUCGUGUUGCCCCAACACAAACAAAUGUUUAUUUUGGUGAUCUUAAGCCUGAUACUGAAUAUAAAAUUGGUGUUUUGGCAUAUAUGUAUUGAUCACGAGCCUGUUAGACUUCAACGCUUAACUUUGAGAACAAAUAUUGAACGUCCAAUUGAAUCAAGCCAAAAGCCUAUGGUUUUACAAUUAGAAAGUGGGGAAUAUGAAGUUCAUUGGAAGCCUCAACCAGAACUUCAAUAUAGCCAAUAUAUUUUGGAAUAUAAAUUAGGAAAUGAAACAACAAAAUGGUAUUUAUUAACAAAAAAAGAGGAAACAAAUCAACAACAACAAAGUUAUUCAACAAAAACAACAAAAUUGGAAGAUGCAAUUUCUGUUCGUUUAUUAUUUAUUGGAGAAAAAGAAGAGGGGAAGAAGCCUAUUUUAAUAGCAAAAACAGAAGAAUCUCUAGUUGGACACAAAUCUAUUGGAAAUUCUUGUGAAAGAGUAGCUAGUGGAGAACCUAAAUUUUUGGAAGAAGAAAGGGAAGAAGGAAAGAAUAAAAUUGUGUUAAUACCCGAAACUAUUAAAUUUAAAUGGGAACAAGUUAAAUGUGAAGGGCAUAUUGAAGGGUGGGAAUAUAUGAUUUGGCCAGCAGAAGACGGCCAUCAACCAUUAGAGGGAUCUGUUCCAGAAUUUACUAGCCAACCCCAAGUUUUACUUCAAGGACUUGAACCAUCCACAGAAUAUCGUUUUAAAGUAAGGCAUAGAUUGCCCAAUGGAGGGCAUGGUCCUUGGAGUCCAACAGCUAGUGGACGUACAAAAAUAAGUAAAAAAGAAGGAGAAGAAGAAAAAGAGGAAGGAGGAGAAACAUCUGAAAAUAUUUAUAGAUUAAGAAUUGCUUUAGUGCCUCCACGUUCUUUUCUAGUUUGGACACCUUUGCCUGAACAUGCUAAAAGAAUACAUAGAUUUAAAGUUUCUCACAAGCCAACAGCACCAACACUCGCCGAUGGCGUCACUGUCGAAGGCCCAACGGAACAAUUUGUUGCCUGCCCACCAGGCAUUUCACAACCCGGAGUUGAUUUUUGUUUAGACCUUCGAGGGCUUGAAUUGGGGAGACAAUAUUCUGCAGAAAUUUUGUAUCAACUCGAUGGGCCAACUGGAAAGUGGAGUAAAAAGGGGGCUCCUCUCUUCUUUAUUUUGGUUGAUGAAGAUGUUAAUAAAGAAGAAAAAGGGCAACAACAACAAUUAAAUAUUGAGCAAAUACGUAUUGAACAAUUAGAAGGAAAACCAAAAUCUGUCGUUCAUUGGACAGCCGAUGGCCCUAUGUUGGAUCAAAUACGUGCCUACCAAGUUGAAAUUCGUGGUGGCCCUCAACAAAUAUGGCGUCCAAUUAGUGGAUAUGUUGCUGCUGUACAGGCCGGUCAAAAACAAUUUAGGGUUGAAAUAGAUAGUGCUUUGUUGGCUGGGCAAGCUGAAAUUCGUUUGAAAGCUUUGGGCUCUGAUGGGAAACCUGUAGUGGAAAGUUUACCGCUUGGAACUGGAAAGCCUUGUGAACCAAUAACGCAAUCUCCAAAAGACGUAAUUUUAACAAUUGAAAGAAGUAGUUAUUUAAUAAUUCGAUGGACAUUUCCACAACCUAAAGACUUGAAAGAAAUUGAGCGUUGCCAUUUCCAUUUUUUGGUUGGAGGAAUAUUAAAUGGGGCAGCUUUACAAAGAACUGUUGAUGGAAAUUUGAGAGAAUUAAAAUUGGAAAUUGAAGAAAAAAUUAAAGGAAGACUACUUUCCCCUCAAAAUAUUCGUUUAAGUGUACACGCAGUUAAUAGAUUGGGGGCUGGGCCUGCUUCUAUUCCUGUUUCGGUUGUUGGUGGAAUUGAAAAUAUGGCAACAUUACCUGAAAAAAGUAGGGAAAAUGAAAUUUUGUAA